GUGUGUUAGGGGAGUAUCCUGAGCUCCCAGCUCUCAGUCAUUCACUCAGACUCACUCACACAGCAGGUAUUGCUCACCAGUGCUCUCUCUCUUACACACACACACACACACACACACAGAGGGAAAGGAGGAACAGUUAGAAAUCAGAGGUAACCAAAAAAAGGAGAAGAAAAAGUGUGUGAGAAGCAAGAGUGCAACAGAGGACACGAGAAGUGAAAGAGAAACAAGACAGAAAGAGAAAAGAUGACAAUUGGCAAGAACUCCAGGAAAAACUCAACCAGGAGCUCCAUCCGGGCCCCAAAGUUUCUAGAUAAAUCCAGCGGCUUCUAUGGUCGCCUUGAUGAGCCUGAGACCACCGGAGAAGGGGAGGAGGUGAGGGGAAACGAAGUAGAGAAGAGAGGGAAUGGGGCGGAGGAUGGCAGUAGGGAGGGGAGAGUCACGAGUAGCCCGGUGCACAAUUCUGGGGCAGAUGAGAGGGAAGAAGCCGAGGCAUUUGACUUCAACGGAGGGAUGAUGGAAGACGACGGCGAGACUCUCCUGCGCAGGAAACCCAGCCGCCGCAGCAGCAGGUGGAGAAGGAGCUCCAGGAGGAAGCAGAGGGAGGGGAGACCUGAUGAGGAUGCAGCCCAGGACGAGAGGCCUAGCCUGGGAGUGGAGAGUCCGGCUGACACCGGCGUCCUGGAGGGCACCAGGGUGAUAAUUGAGGUAGAGAUGGAGAAACUGAAGAAGGUGGAGGAGGAAGACGAGAAGGCAGGAAGAGGGAAAGAGCCUGAGCUUGUUCACUUCCCGGUGCGGGAGGAUGAAGAUGACCAGGUCCUCAUCAGAGACAAGAAGAGGGGGAGAGAAGAGGAGGGAGAGGAGGAGAAGAGGAUGAGAAGAGAGCAAGAGGAGGGGAUGAAGGUGGUGAAGAGGAACACGAUGAAGAAUUACCGCAAGGCCUUGGACCGAGCAUUUCGGCGUGGAUGGGAGGCUUUCAUCACAAACCUCUAUAGUGUCACGCUCACACCCGUGACAUCAUCCUCGCCACCUUCUCCUGCGUCAAAGAAGAAGCAGCAGCACAAAGCUGUGUUAGCUGAGUUUCGGUAGUGCAGGAGGCCGACAUGGACCACACCUUUUCUAAUAUUUACUUUGUUCAAGUCAUGAUUAUGCUGAAUAGUGAUGGACAACCUGCCUAUGUCUUCAGAGGGGACUUUUAUAGACACAUGAUGUGUUUCAGUCAUGUAUUAGGCCUCAGAAGCAUUAAUUAUUUAUGUUAGUUACUGAGUCUUAAUUACUCAACAUAAAGUUUACUACCUUGUCAUAUGAUGGUGCGCAUUAAUUUGCACACAGACUACAAAUGAUCAGUUUUACUGUAGGAGCUGUGGGAGCCAAGCUGAUUUUACAUUGAAGUCUAUGGGACUGGCUUGAGUUUUGAAGUCCAGUCAUCAUGUGACUGAGUUCAGCUGUCUCUGGUUCCUGCCUUCUACGUUGCUACUCUUCAGAUUUUACUCAGUGGUUUAAGAAUGUCUUAACAUCUUAGCUCCUUACACCCGGGCCACUAUUAAGAGCUUGGAGUACAGAUAAUCUCUGCUUCCUUUGGUUUAGCUCUAUGAAACUUGUAAAGUGUUGAUGUGUAAGCCAAAGGAAUGGAAAAUUUCACGAGAGUAACGAUGACUGAUUAGUGGACUUUUCACAUUUCUGGAUGGUAAUCAGUGCCAUUUAUUGCUGUCUGGCAGCAAAUCAGUAAUCGGUUCUGGUUAAUGAGCGGAGGACAAACACACACAAAUGCACCUUGCUAGUCAGUGCCUAUACACUGCAGUUAUGAUCCACAUUAACACAUACAUUUGUAUGUUAAUAUUUGUGGAGAAAUUACAGUUGUUGUUUUUUUAAAAACCCAUUUCAACACAGGUUUUCUCCCACCAGUGUGUGUACAGAAAUACACAAGAGAUGUCAGGUGGUAGAACUUGACUGUGUUUGACUUCCUCAUUGACAAUAAAGUUCAUCCCUGUGUGUGUUCUGGUGAAGGUUAUUUAACCUGAUGGAACCAGACAGGGUGUGUUUGUAUGUGUGUGUUUGAGGAAGAUAAAGAGAGAGAGAGAGUUUUUGUUGCCUGGUAUUUUUUGCCCAACUGUCUUUGGGUUGUUUGAUUGAAGCUGUGCAUCAGUGUUUUUUGAUGCGUUCUGAUUUGAAAACAGUACCCCAACCUAGACGUCAAACAGUAUUUAAAAAGUAUUUAUGAUUGACCCUUGUUAAAAUGUCAUGUUUACAAUAGACCUGUUGUAAUUUCCCUUCAUCUACUUUAUAUAUAUAUAUAUUUUUAAAUAUUACCUCAGGAGUGUACUGAAGGGUCGACUGAAUAGGUGCAGAGAAAUACAGAAAACAUUUCAUUUUUAUGUUAAUGACUGUCUUUCAGAAUCUGUCAGUUUCUAUUAAUUAAUCCUUUUGUAUCCUAAUCAAAGCUUCUGAAGUCUUGAACCAUGAUAAGACACACUUUUCUGAGAGUAAAUAAAGAGUUUAUUCUA